AUGACAGCAACUCAAGAUAUGUCCAAUGUGGUACAAUGUUUCACAUCGAUUAUGAACAAACUUCCAUCCCAAGUUAUUUUGGCAAUUGAUACCUCUACAACUGAAACCACCGAUGCCAUCCUUCUUGAACAUCUUCGUGCCUGUCAUCUUAUUGUAGAUAUGGCUCCAUCUGGAGUCUACUUUAGUAUUGUCGUAUUUGGAACAACCCCUUUUGUAGUUACCGACUUUAAAAAUGACAAAGUUCAAAUUAAACAAGAAUUGGGUGUAGAUAUUACAAAAUUAAAGACAUUUGCAGUAGGAACUGAACCAGUGAUUAGUAAUGUUUUGACAUUUUGUAGAAACUCUAUUAUCAAACCAAAAUUGUCACCACAACAAGGUAGUCCAAUUGUUGUUCUCUUUUCAUCUGCUCUUCCACCAGUUACAGACACUGCCAUUUUAAACACGGUUGCAUCACUUCGUGACCAACAUAUUUCAUUGAUGGCUGUUUCAAACAACCCAGCUAUUGAUAUCCAAUCAUUGUCUGGUGCUCUUGGCAAUACCAAGACUCUAUCAAGAGCAGAGAUUCCAGAUAUUCCAAGAAUCCUAUUCACCGAAUACAAUGAAGAAAGAGAAUUUGCUGUUGGUGUUUGUUUGGAUCCAACUGCCGUUGCCCAAACUUUGAAUGAUGCCGUCUUGGUCAACUUUUUACUCAUGCCACUAAAGUCUGAUCUCCCAGCCAACUACAGAAUUGAAGUUCAAAAUAGUCGUUUCUAUCAACCUUGGACUCAAGUCUUAUCCCAACCAAUGAAGCAUCACCAAAAGGUCGUCAUUCCAUGUACUUUGGCCAAAUCAUUCGAUGCUACUCUCAAUCCUCCACCACGUAUCUUUUUCAAUAUCCUUGAUCCAUCAGGCAGAGUAGUUACAAGUGGCUACUUUAGUAUUCCUACUGCAUUAUUUGCAGGAGAGUUUUAUGAACCAUUUUCAGUUGUAGUUGAUGGAGUUGUAGGAAGUGGAAAGUCUUCUUUGAAUAAUGGAUUGCUUAAUGUAUUUACAUGUGGAAAUGUUUCCUAUCCAUUCUUUACCUCCAAGAGUACCGAUUCUCAUGGUACAGAGUUUUUCCACUUUUAUCCAAUCUGUGUCUAUGUCAACAAAUAUGCAAUCUUUAAAACCGCUCUUGCAAUUGAUAUUAUCAAAAAGCUCAAGUUGGUGCUUAUCGACAAGAAGGGUAUUACCGCCACUGACAACAGAGUGGGCUAUUUGGAUAUCUUUGAAGGUAGAUAUCGUCCAAAUGAUAUCAAACGUUACUCUGAACAAGACGCAAGAUACUCCGCUCAAGUUUGUAUCUAUGUAGCCACUGCUAGAUCCUUUUUAGAUGCAUCUGUUUUAGGAAUUAUCCAAUCAAAAUUGAGAGAAUUGGUUUCUAUUAAAGCACAACCAAUUCUUGCAGUUACUACAUGUGAUACUUUGACUGCUGCCGAAGUAGAACGUAUCAAGGCUAUUAUCUUGUCCAUGGGAAUUGUUAGUGAACAUAAUAUUAUGUACAUGAGCAACUAUAUUGACGAAAACCCAGAACGUGAUAUUGAUAGAGAUUACAAUAAUCUUGCUCUUUUGCUUCGUGCCAAGAGUGUUGCCAAGAAUGGUAACUCUUCCGUUGAAGAUGAUGCCAAUGAUUAUUUUGCCAAUCUCUAA